UAAAUCCCGGCAUAUAAAACUGUAUUCUGGGGAUCUAGAAUCAUUUUAUUAAGAAUAGAAUAAGUGCAGGAUCUGCCAUGGAGUACCCGGGACUACACGCUGCCCCCCUGGCACUGCUGGUCACCAUUCUCAUAGCUGGACAGAAUACUGAAGCCGGAUUGCUUGAUCCUGUUCUCAACCCAAUAAUAAACAUAUUUUCCAGUACAACAGAAUCUCCAGAUCUUCUCCCAACCAGCGGUCAACCACAAGAUGCAACAACAGACUAUUCCCACACAGAAGAUACCCUGUAUACAACUCUUGUUACCUAUUUUGAAACCAGUAAUAUUCCAGAAGAGACCCCAUUCAUAAGUACACUUCCCAGUGAUGAAACCAGUGGUCAGCCAAAAGAGACCACGUAUAUAAGUAUUCUCUCCACUAAUAAAACCAGUAGUCAAGCAGAGGAUUCCACAUAUUUAAGGACUCUCCCCACCAUAGGACCAGAAGAGAACAGCUCUACACCAUUAUCAACAGAAAGUAAUAGUCAACCAGAUGGGACACUGUAUACAGGAGCACCUUCUAUAACACCAACUCUUAACCUAUCACCCAGCACCAGAUCAUCUCAAGAACCCAAAACUGCAGCUGUAAAUCCCACCACAAGUGCUAGCACAUCUUCCAGAACCUUCUCUGCGAUGCUUACAAGUACAAUGUCCACAAAUGGUGAUUUGAGCACCAAGUCUACAUCAUAUAACAGCACACCUUACAAUGCCUUGUCAUCAACCCAGAGUAACGUGAUAAAUGCAUCCUACCAUACAAGUAUCCAAACAACUGUAACCAAAAAUGAACCAACAUCAGAUAUGGUAACCACUAUUUCUUCGGGUAUACCACCAACACUAAAUACCAAUAGCCAGUCUACAUCAACUGCUUUUAUGUCAGUAACAAAUGAAAUCUCAACUACAUCAGUGAUCCGCAAUGGCAUUAGUGUACUUCCACCAUCAACAAUUCAACCAUUAGUAAAUAAUACUACAACUAUGUCUUCUGCUACAUUACCACCUUCCCCAAUAUCAACUAAUGGCAUUGACACAGAUCCAAGUACAACAACAUCAUCUACUGGGAUAAAGACUUCCACUCAAGUAGGAACAACCAGUACUCAAGCAGAAUCAGACACCAACACAAAUAUUAGUACAGUUACCAGGAGCCCUCCUAUGAACAGUACUGGUGUAUAUUUAAGCAUAUCAGCUUUGACUAGCAGUAUCCUGAACAACUCUUCCAAUGGUGUUACAAAUGUAAAACCAACAUCAACUAGUCAAUUAUCAUCAAGCAGUGACCGAACUACAUCAGCCCUUAGUAACAAAGUAAAUAAUUCAGAAACUACCACCAGUGCCCAGACUACGGCACCCAGUGUUCCUCUGAUAUCAACCAAUGUCCCACCGAUGUCAAACACUUCCCAACUGGAAUCAACCUUUGUUACAGCAGCACCAAGUAUGAGACCUACUCAAAGCACAAUGGACUCUUCUAGCAGUUUCACACAAGGUUCUAAAGUUGGAACAGUCACACAAACAAGUGAAUUAGUUUCAACCAAAGACAUUAUGAUGACUUCUUCCAGUAAUGAGAGCCAAUCACCAAAGAGUAUUUUCACAACAGUCAUUCCUGGCACGGACCCUCAUACUAUGAACGGUACCGAUGUAUAUUUAAGCACAUUAGCUUCAUCAAGCAGUAUCCUGACCACCUCUUACAAUGGUGUUACAAAUAUAAAACCAACAUCAACUAGUAGUCAACCACCACCAAACAGUGACAGAACUACAUCAACACUUAGUAACAAGGUGAAUAAUUCAGAUACUACCACCAGUGCAAAGAUAUCAACCAAUGUCCCAACCCAGACUACGGCACCCAGUGUUUCUCUGAUAUCAACCAAUGUCCCACCGAUGUCAAACACUUCCCAACUGGGAUCAACCUCUGUUACAGCAGCACCUAGUAUGAUACCUACUGAAAGCACAGUGGACUCUUCUAGUAGUUUCACACAAGGUUCAAAAGUUGGAACAGUCACACAAACAAGAGAAUUAGUUUCAACCAAAGACAUUAUGAUGACUUCUUCCAGCAAUGAGAGCCAAUCACCAAAGAGUAGUAACACAACAGCAAUUCCUAGUAGCAGUAGCACGGACCCUCAGACUAUGAACAGUACUGGUGUAUAUUUAAGCACAUCAGCUUCAUCAAGCAGUAUCCUGACCAGCUCCUCCAAUGGUGUCACAAAUAUAAAACCAACAUCAACAAGUAAUCAACCACCACCAAACAGUGACAGAACUGUAUCAUCAUUUAGUAAUAAGGUGAAUGAUUCAGAAACUACCACCAGUGCCCAGACUACAGCACCCAGUAUUCCUCUGAUAUCAACCAAUGUCCCACCGAUGUCAAACACUUCCCAACUGGGAUCAACCUCUGUUACAGCAGCACCAAGUAUGAUACCUACUUAUAGCACAAUGGACUCUUCUAUUAGUUUCACACAAGGUUCUAAAGUUGGAACAGUCACACAAACAAAUACAUUGGCUUCAACCAAAGACAUUAUGAUGACCUCUUCCAGCAAUGAGAGCCAAUCACCAAAGAGUAGUAAUACAACAGUCAUUCCUGGCAGCAGUAGCACGGACCCUCAUACUAUGAACAGUACCGGUGUAUAUUUAAGCACAUCAGCUUCAUCAAGCAGUAUCCUGACCAACUCUUCCAAUGGUGCCACAAAUAUAAAACCAACAUCAACAAGUAAUCAACCACCACCAAACAGUGACAAAACUACAUCAACACUUAGUAACAAAGUGAAUUAUUCAGAUACUACAACACCCAGUGUUCAGACUACAACACCCAAUGUUCAGACUACAACACCCAGUUUUCCUCUAAUAUCAACCAAUGUCAAAACAGUGUCAAAUACAUCCCAACUGCGUUCAACCUCUGUUACAACAGCAGCACCAAGUAUGAUAUCUACUGAAAGACCAAUUGACUCUUUUAGUAGUUUCCCACAAGGUUCUCAAGUUGGAACAGUCACACAAACAAGUGCAUUGGCUUCAACCAAAGAUAUCAUUGUGACUUCUACCAGCAAUGAGAGCCAAUCCCCAAUAAGAAAUAGCACAACAGCAAUUCCUAGCAGCAGUAGCAUCGACCCUCAUACUAUGAACAAUACCGGUGUAUAUUUAAGCACAUCAGCUUUGUCAAGCAGUAUCGUGACCAAUGGUGUAACAAAUAUAAAACAAACAUCAACUAGUAAUCAUCCACCAUCAAACAGUGACAAAACUACAUCAACACUUAGUAACAAAGUGAAUUAUUCAGAUACUACCACCAGUGCCCAGAUAUCAACCAAUGUCCCACCAAUAUCACACACUUCUCAACUGGGUUCAACCUCUGUUACAGCAGCACCAAGUAUGAUACCUACUCAUAGCACAAUGGACUCUUCUAGUAGUUUCCCACAGGGUUCUAAAGUUGAAACAAUCACACAAACAAGUACAUUGGCUUCAACCAAAGACAUUAUGAUGACCUCUUCCAGCAGUGAGAGCCAAUCACCUAGAAGUAAUGGCACAACAGCAAUUCCUAGCAGCAAUAGCACAGACCCUCAUACUACUAUGCGCAAUUCAGCAACAUCUUUAGGUUCAUCAUCUCCCAAUACCAGGAGCUUCAGCACAUCUCCUGGUAAUGAUGGCGGUAAUCCAAUAACUCUGAACAACGUCACGCUAACAACUUCUGAAAGUGGUAUUACCAACCAGGCAGUUGUGAAUGACACAGUGACUGGUUCAGACCUAACAACAUCUGGUGUCACCACAAGAAGUACAGAAAGACAUUCAAGUAAUAUGUAUACAGGUACAGCUUCAUCUCCUAUUCUAUCUACAAUAACCACAAGUCCAACUAUGACUUUUUUCGGUAAGGUCACAGGUGACCUUAGCAUGUCUUCCGAUGCCACUACCAACUCACCUAUUACUCUGAUUAACGAAACCUCCCCUUCUGAUUCCUCCAAUAUCAUGCCAUUGAAAAACAGUACCAGUGUGACGCCUUCAAUUGAUACUGCUAGUACAACAUCAUUGGGCUCAGGAAGUUCUAUGCAAUCGACACCAAGAGCCACCAAUAAAGUGACCUCAUUUAAUAAUGGAACAAGUAUCCAACCAGUAUCAACCAGUAGCACAGUUACAGCUUUCAGUGGACCUACUAUCACCAGUAGUUCCUCAGUUGACAUGACUAAAUCAGUGUCAUCUUCUAUGUCAACAACAUCAACACCCAAUAUUACAAUGAUUUCUGUUAGUGAAUCUUCCAGUGUCCACUCAACUUCAGAAAGUAGCACGACAGCGUCACACAGGGACAUUACCAAUAGUCACAAUGUUCCAAUGAACACAACACCUUCAUCAACAACUUCAACGCAAAGAACCACAAUUAACCUUACAAGUAGUUCAGUGGUACCAAGCAGCAGCUCAUCCAGUUCUCCCAGCAACCCAACAUCUUCUACAGCUUCAUCUUCCACCAAUCCCGACUCUGGUGCACACACUGUGUCCACUACAUCCAGUCCUCCCAGCAACCCAACAUCUUCUACAGCUUCUUCAUCUUCCACCAAUCUGGACUCUGGUACACACACAGUGUCUACUACAUCCAAUUCUCCCAGCAACUCAACAUCUUCUACAACUUCUUCAUCUUCCACCAAUCCCGGCUCUGGUACACACACUGUGUCCACUACAUCCAGUCCUCCCAGCAACCCAACAUCUUCUACAGCUUCUUCAUCUUCCACCAAUCCCGGCUCUGGUACACACACAGUGUCUACUACAUCCAAUUCUCCCAGCAACUCAACAUCUUCUACAACUUCUUCAUCUUCCACCAAUCCCGGCUCUGGUACACACACAGUAUCUACUACAUCCAAUUCUCCUAGCAACCCAAUAUCUUCUACAACAUCUUCAUCUUUCACCAAUCCUUUCUCUGGUACAAACACAGUGUCCACUACUGGUCCCAAGUCCUCUUCAGCAGCAGCAACCAAUUCUGGUUCUUCUUCCCAAAUGACUCCUUCUGCCACCUUCACCAAUAACCCAAGCACCCAGCACCAGAGUUCAGUUGCCACCACCAAUGGUUCCACCAAUUUUCUGGCCCCUUGGAAAAUCAUUGUCAUCUCCCUGGCUGUUGGCGUUGGCACUUUCCUUUUAUUUGGAGGAACGUUAUUGGCAUUACACUAUUUCCGAAGACCUAAAGGAAUGAACCGCUACGUUGUUUCGGGCUCCUACAUUUAAGUGGCUGAGUUCACUACCUCAAACGUAGUCAUUUCUACCUUGAAGCAAAAGUAUUAUGUCCGGUGAGGUCUUGUAAUCUAUACUGCCAUUCCUGGCCAAUGAGAGUAUUGCAGCAGAAUCGUCGUAGAAGAUGUUGUAUACGACUGUUACCGAUUUGAUGUAUUUAUUUAUUUAAGAGCUACCUGUUACUCCACGUUACUGACACCCUAUGGCCACUGUGAGUGUUAUAGAUGCUCCGCCACAUAGAAUACAGUGUGAGGGUGACAUCUAGUGGUAGAUGUGUGUGUUACAUAUAUUAUAUUGCGAUGUAUUUAUAACAAUGAUAUGACGUAAGCAUGUUUGCUAAACUGAUAACCAAAGUGAUGCAGCAUUGCCGGUCAGUGCGAGCACUUUAGAUACUAUGUAAUAAAGAUUUUGUAUAAUUUAUUUUUUUAUUAGCAUCCUGAAGUUACUGUGUGGCGUUUUAUGUUAUGCAGCAGCAAAUGGCCGAAAGAUGAUUAAAGAAAG